AUUCAAUAUGGUAUUUAAAAUUCAAACCACUUUUACGUCGUGUUCGUAACUUAAGGCUUUAAAAUCAACUUUCUCCAGUUCUUUGUUAUUUAAUUAACAAUAGAGCUUCCCAUUUAUGAUACUUUAACAUUUGCAUUAGUUUUUCCAAGCUUCAUGCAAUUACUUUUAUAAUGACUUCGUCGUGUGAAUUCAAAUUCGAUCGGCCCAAUCCUGUUUUCUACAGCGGAGAGAUAUUUACUGGGCGCAUCAUUUUAAGAACGUCUUCUAUCAAGUCUGUUAACAGGAUCUACAUAAUGUUCCUAGGCCUGGCGAAGGUCAUGUUUGAAGAGCAACGUAGUGACACCAUAUCUGGUAACGAAGUCAGGUACGAUAGGGCGAUCUCUCACUCCACAGAGACGUACGUCAAGUCUCACACAGAUGUCUAUGAGAAAGGCAGACUGCCAGACGGUACGCAUACCUUUCCUUUCUCCAUAACGCUUCCGCUGGAGUGCCCCACGUCGUGUGUGGGAAAAUAUGUGACCGUAUUGCAGACCUAUAAUCUCAACUUGCAUCCAGAAAUGUCAAUGCCGAUUGAGCAUAUGGCAAUCAGGAGAUUAUGCUGCUGGCCCUUUCGUUCGGGACCCAUAAAAUUACAUCUUGCAAUACCCUAUAGUGGCUAUGCGGCGGGUCAAACGAUAAACUAUAAAGUGCAUAUAGACAAUAUGUCGAAUCGGCAUGUUAGAGGUUUCUCAAUGACUCUGAUACAGAUAUACGAAUUUAGGAUUAGACAUGAAAGGCGCAUAGUCUCUUCCUAUUUUCGCGGCGAAUUUGAAUCGGAGAUUGUUUCUCCUACGCACAAGCGCAUAGCAAGAGGCCACUAUUUAAUACCAUCCCUACCGCCCUCAUCCCGGGAAAAGCUCAUCAUAAAUGUAUCAUACAUGAUCAGAUUGACUGUCCUAAUCAGCGGCUGGCAUAUGAAAUGGAAUAUUGAUGUUCCCAUUACAAUUGGCACCAUACCACUCACUGUAAGUGGCGAUCCCAAAGCACCAAAAGAAUUUAUACCAGAUAUAAGCAACGUUCAACGACAAACAGUGGGAGAUCCACCACCUGCUUAUAAUGAUAGCCAACCAUUGUUUGAGCAAUCAGCAUAUGUUGGUAAAUUAUUUGUAGACCCCGAUGCAAAUGAGUACAAUCGCACCGAUGAUUUCCUUCCAUGGUAUCCCACAUACAGAAACAUCCCGCUUCUGAAGCCACCAACAGAAGUGUCACCAACAGAAAUGGCGGUAUCGGAGGCUGCUCCCACAGAAACACUUGGGGCGUCACCAGAGGCGUCACCAGAGGCGUCACCUGAGGAGUCACCUGGGGCGUCACCAAAGGUGACACCAGCUAUGGAGCCAAAAAUACCGCCGAAAGAAUAGACAGUCAUCAUAGAUUGCUAUUAAGCCAUAUAUAAUGUGACCUACAAGAUUCUUUUUCUGUAUCUUUUAAAUGUACGACUGUUUAAUACACU